AACGCAUCUCGCAAGUCGCAACAUCAAUUUCAUCCAAGCUUUUCCCUCUCCUAGUGUUUUAUUCUCUCUAAUUUUCGAUCCGAUGGCGCCAAAGGCAGAGAAGAAGCCAGCAGAGAAGAAGCCGGCGUCGGAGAAGCCGACGGAGGAGAAGAAGUCUACGGUGGCGGAGAAGGCUCCAGCGGAGAAGAAGCCAAAGGCCGGGAAGAAGCUUCCCAAGGAAGGCGCUGCUGCCGGUGACAAGAAGAAGAAGCGGUCGAAGAAGAACGUUGAGACCUACAAGAUCUACAUCUUCAAGGUCUUGAAGCAGGUCCACCCCGACAUUGGGAUUUCGAGCAAGGCUAUGGGAAUCAUGAACAGCUUUAUUAACGAUAUCUUCGAGAAACUUGCUCAGGAGGCGUCGAGGCUUGCAAGGUACAAUAAGAAGCCAACUAUUACAUCGAGGGAGAUCCAGACUGCGGUGAGGCUUGUGUUGCCUGGUGAACUGGCUAAGCACGCCGUCUCCGAGGGUACCAAGGCGGUGACCAAGUUCACAAGUUCGUGAGUUAGGGUUAGGGUUAGUUUUCUGGGUUGUGAAGAAUGGGGGAAAAAUUAGGGUUGGUGUUAUGCUUUUGCCGCUAUCUCUCUUUUUUAAUGGUAUGAAAUGAUUGUAAGAUAUUCAUCUGUCUUAGAAAUGGAAAUGCUUUAACUUGUUAAA